UAAAGUUUAAAAUAACGUAUAUUUGCAAAAGAAAGAUCACAUCAUUAUUUCUUGCAGUUUUAGAGUUGUUCCAAUUCCAAAUGCUCUUAAUUUCUUUUCAUUAAUUGAUGAUUUGAUUUGGCAUAGGAGUUUGAAUAUAUCUUCCCAAAAUUUCCGCCUAUUUUCUCGCCAAUGCAGUGUACGAAGUAGUAGUAAGUAGGUUUGAUUAGGAAUCAAACAAGAAGAUUUUCGUAAGUUCUGCAGCAUUUAAAUCUCUGAUUUGGUGGUGGGUGAUGAUAAAUAAUGCUCGUACGCUUGUCCUGUGGUGGAUUGAAAUUAAUGCUGGGGUAAGGUAAGGUAAGGGAGUCCAGGAUUCAAUAAUAUAAAUUUUUGUGAAUAGCAAGGGAAGAUUGUGUGUGUGUAUCCGCAGUCAUGGGUUCCUACCAAUUGAUCAAAGAAAAUAUAAAUCCACAUCUGCAAGGAAACAAGUGUAUUUUGCGCAUUGAGGGUAGGGAUGAUGUUGAAUCCGCUUUAUCAGAACUUGAUUCGUCUUCUUCUCCUAUAUUGGGUCGCAAUGCCGCCUCUAGAUGUAUACCAUCUGCCUCUGGAACCACUCGCCUUGUCUCCCUCGAUAUUUUCCGGGGGUUUACAGUCGCGUUGAUGAUACUUGUUGAUAAUGCUGGUGGAUUCUUUCCUGCUAUCAAUCAUUCACCGUGGAAUGGUUUAACAUUGGCAGAUUUUGUGAUGCCAUUUUUUCUCUUUAUGGUUGGCAUAUCUCUUGGACUAGCAUACAAGAACUUGACUUGCAGAGGUGCUGCAUCGAAAAAAGCAAUGUUACGAGCCCUAAAGCUUUUAACCCUGGGUGUUUUUCUCCAAGGUGGCUAUUUUCAUGGAAUUAAUAACCUAACAUAUGGUGUGGACAUGUAUCAAAUCAGGUGGAUGGGUAUAUUGCAGAGAAUCGCAAUAGCAUAUUUUCUUGUAGCGGCAUGUGAAAUUUGGCUUAGAAACGAUGCCAAAGUUAAUUCAGAAUUAUCUUUGCUGAAGAAAUAUCGAAGGCAGUGGGUUGUGGUGUUGAUGCUUACUGCCUUGUAUCUUCUGUUGCUAUAUGGUUUGUAUGUUCCUGACUGGGAGUAUCAGAUUCCAAUUGAAGCAUCUUCUUCUGCAAAAGUAUACUCGGUGAAAUGUGGUGUACAUGGAGACACUGGACCAGCAUGUAAUGCUGUUGGUAUGAUCGAUCGCAAAAUUUUGGGUAUUCAUCACUUAUAUAGAAGGCCAAUCUAUGCACGCACAAAACAAUGUAGUAUCAACUCCCCAGAUUAUGGUCCACUUCCGCCUGAUGCUCCUUCAUGGUGCCAAGCCCCUUUUGACCCUGAAGGGAUUUUAAGGUUUGCACAUUUAUUUUCCUUUGUAGUUCAACACAAUUGA